GGGGUGGGGUGGCCUAGUCACUCUAUCUGUCUCAUAACACUUCUCCAUUAAGAGCUUAGCUCAUUCUUUACUUCAGCUCAGUCAGGUAAAGGAGCGGUUUCUGAUUUCGUUUUUGUUGUCGGAUUUUCUGAAUGAGCAGUAGAGGGGAACCUACUGCUUUGACUUUGUUCAUCUGUUCCUGAGUGCAUCAGUAGCCUACAUUCAUUCAGCCCAAGAGCUGAUUAGAGUUUAAACCCUUAAGAAGAAGAAGAGGGUGCUGACGGAAAUUUACCGGGAUUUGUUCAACCGUUUUGAAUGAAUGCGAUGUCCUACAUGUCCAUAGUGAGACCCUGAAUCUGGAGAAACGCUUUAAGAAACGAUUCCGGCUUUGACUUGAAGGCGGUGGGCAGUGACGGUGUGCGUGCAAUGAUGGAGAGCGCCCUGACAGCCAGGGAUCGGGUGGGAGUGCAGGACUUUGUCCUGCUGGAGAACCACACAAGCGAGGUGGCCUUUAUUGACAACCUGCGCAAGCGCUUCAAGGAGAACCUCAUCUAUACAUACAUUGGUUCAGUGUUGGUGUCAGUGAAUCCCUAUAAAGAUCUGGAGAUCUACACCAAGCAGCAUAUGGAGCGGUACAGGGGCGUUAACUUCUAUGAAGUCUCUCCACACAUAUAUGCCGUGUCCGAUAACGCCUAUCGCUCUAUGAGAACGGAAAGACGGGACCAGUGUAUCCUGAUCUCAGGAGAGAGUGGUGCUGGGAAGACAGAAGCCUCUAAGAAAGUUCUGCAGUACUACGCCAUCACCUGUCCUGCCAGUGAACAAGUGCAGGCUGUGAAAGACCGCCUCCUGCAGUCCAACCCUGUCCUGGAGGCCUUUGGAAAUGCUAAAACUUUGCGCAAUGACAAUUCAAGCCGCUUCGGGAAAUACAUGGACAUCCAGUUUGACUUCAAGGGUGCUCCCGUUGGGGGUCACAUCCUUAACUACCUGCUGGAGAAAUCUCGUGUCGUGUACCAGAGCCACGGAGAACGGAACUUCCACAUCUUCUAUCAGCUCCUCGAGGGCGGCGAGGAGGAUCUGCUCAGGAGACUCGGCCUGGAGAGGAACGCGCAGCAGUACCAGUACCUCGUCAAGGGUAACUGUCCCAAAGUGAGCUCCAUUAAUGACCGCAGUGACUGGAAGGUGGUUAGAAAAGCUCUAACCGUCAUUGGGUUCAGUGAUGAUGAAGUAGAGGAGCUUUUGGACAUUAUUGCCAGCGUUCUCCAUUUGGGGAAUAUUCCCUACGGAAGUGAGGAUGGUGGUAGUGCCUACAUUACCGUAGACACCCAGAUUAAAUAUUUAGCCAGGUUAUUAGGUGUGGAUAGCUGCAUUCUCAGAGAGGCUCUGACACAUAAGAAGAUUACUGCCAAAGGAGAAGAGCUGAUGAGCCCAUUGAAUCAGGAGCAGGCUUGCUCAGCAAGAGAUGCUUUAUCCAAAGCCAUUUAUGGACGCACCUUUACCUGGCUUGUGAACAAAAUCAACGCCUCUCUGGCCUUCCAGGAGGACUUCUUCAGCGCUAAGAACACAUCUGUCAUCGGCCUGUUGGAUAUCUAUGGGUUUGAGGUCUUCCAGAACAACAGUUUCGAGCAGUUCUGCAUCAACUACUGUAACGAGAAGCUGCAGCAGCUCUUCAUUGAGCUGACCCUGAAAUCAGAACAAGAGGAAUAUGAAUCCGAGGGGAUCACGUGGGAGCCUGUGCAAUAUUUCAAUAACAAGAUUAUUUGUGAUCUUGUGGAGGAGAAGUUCAAAGGCAUCAUCUCUAUCCUGGAUGAGGAAUGUCUGAGGCCCGGAGAUGCCACUGACCUAACUUUCCUAGAGAAGCUGGAGGGCUCAUUAGGCGGCCAUGCCCACUUUUUAACUCAUAAGCUGGCUGACGGAAAGACCCGGAAGGUGAUGGGUAGAGACGAGUUCAGGCUGCUGCACUACGCCGGAGAAGUCAACUACAAUGUAAACGGCUUUCUGGACAAGAACAAUGAUCUCCUUUUCAGAAAUUUGAAAGAGGUGAUGUGCAUGUCCGAAAACAAAAUCCUCAAUCAGUGUUUCGACCGCGAAGAGUUAACGGAUAAGAAGCGGCCAGAAACGACGGCAACCCAGUUUAAGACCAGCCUGGCUAAGUUGAUGGAAAUCCUCAUGUCUAAGGAACCGUCUUACGUGCGGUGCAUCAAACCUAAUGAUGCCAAGCAAGCUGCCCGAUUUGAUGACGUUCUGAUCAGACAUCAAGUGAAGUAUCUGGGUCUGAUGGAGAAUCUGAGAGUAAGGAGGGCAGGCUUUGCCUACCGCCGUCGCUACGAGAUAUUCCUCCAGAGGUAUAAGUCAUUGUGUCCGGACACCUGGCCCAACUGGGAUGGUCGCUUAGUAGAUGGAGUUUCCACACUUGUCAAGCACUUGGGCUACAAGCCUGAGGAAUACAAACUUGGCAGGACCAAAAUCUUCAUCCGUUUUCCGAAGACUUUGUUUGCAACUGAAGAUGCAUUAGAAGUCAGGAAGCACAGCCUUGCAACCAAGCUUCAAGCAAACUGGAAGGGCUACUGUCAAAAAUCCAAAUACCAAAAAAUGAGACGAUCAGCCAUCUGGAUUCAGGCUUGGUGGAGAGGAAUCUUGGCCCGCAGGAGAGCACGUCGCAGAAGACAAGCUGUUGACACCAUCCGCAGAUUCAUUAAAGGAUUCAUGUACCGUCACCAGCCACGCUGUCCUGAGAACGAAUACUUCCUGGACUACGUGCGUUACUCAUUCCUAAUGAAGCUACACAGGUGUUUGCCUAAAUCAGUCCUGGACAAGAGCUGGCCUACACCACCACCUGCCCUGACUGAGGCAUCAGAGCAUCUUCGCAAGCUGUGUAUGCAGAACAUGGUGUGGAAGUACUGCAAGAGCAUCAACUCCGAAUGGAAGCUCCAGUUGGAGCAGAAGUUGGUGGCGAGUGAAAUCUUUAAGGACAAGAAGGACAACUACCCUCAGAGUGUUGCCAAGCUGUUCGUAGGAACCAGGCUUAAUGGGGAGGAUAUUAAUCCUAAAGCGCUCCAGGCUAUGGGGAGUGAGAAAAUGAAGUAUGCUGUUCCAGUAACUAAAUAUGACAGAAGAGGAUACAAACCUCGUUCACGGCAGCUGAUCCUGACUGGCAACAGUGCAAUCCUUGUAGAAGAGACUAAGCUGAAACAGAACAUUGAUUACAAUGCUCUGAAAGGCAUUUCUGUCAGCUCCCUCAGCGAUGGCAUUUUUGUCCUCCAUGUUAAUUGCGAGGACAACAAACAGAAGGGUGAUGUAGUUCUACAGAGUGAACACGUGAUCGAGACGUUAACCAAAGUGGCAAUCUGUGCCGACAAGAUCAACAACAUCAACAUCAGCCAGGGAAGCAUAACAUUCACAGUGUCUCAAGGAAAAGAAGGAACGAUCGAUUUCACAUCCGGCUCUGAGCUGCUUAUUGCCAAAGCUAAGAACGGACACCUUUCAGUGACUGCCCCUCGUCUCAAUUCAAGAUGAUGGAUACGUCGUAAACCAGUGACCUGUCGCACAGCUGCAGACAGAGCCACGCACUGCCAAUGAGAUGCCAACCAGCCACACCAAGGGCUUCGCUUCCAUUUGUGAACUUUCAGCAAACUAAUCAAUAUUUAUAUUUCUGUGUUUGAGAAUUUAAUAUUGUUGUUAUUUUAUGAUUUUUAUAUUUUGAAAGCCAAAAAAAUAACAAUAGGUGAGUGCACAUUUCCUGCACUGUGUAUCUGUCUUGCGUAAUUUGGGGAACAAUAAUCUGAUGUCUAAGAAACUUCAGCCUUAUGUACAAGGAAAUCUAGAUUAGCAGUAAGAACUUUGAUUGUUUUUGUUCACUUUUUCCAGGGACUCAGAAAGCUGAAUCAUACUCUUGCAUUUUAGUUAUAGUAGUAAGACUACAUUACUUUAAUGUUUAAAUUAUUCCUUAAGAAAGGUUUCUACAAUGUGUAUUGUAUAAAAGCUUUACCAAAGAAUUUUGCACACAGUAGUUUAAUUAUUGUAAUUGGUAUAUGUUGGGAAGCUGAAUUGAUUUGUCGAGAGCCGAUUGUAAGUACAUUGAGAGCCUGUGUUAAGUCUUUUGGAGAUAUUAAGAAGGGGUUGAUUUUCAUAAUGCUAAGCUAAGUGAAUUUAUUCAUGCCAAGUUGAACAGAUUUCUUGUAAUAGACUUAAAUAUUUUAUGCUUCUUCAUACCAAAUACUUUAGUCACACAUUAGUACUUUACACUCUUACCUUUCCCUUUUCCAUGUGUCGACAUUUAUGCAAGUUUUUCUUUUUGAAAAUUGUUUAAAAGAAAAUGAUUUAGAGGUUAAGGCAGUGGUAAAUAUAGACCGUCUCUAUGGUUUGAUACCAGACAAUGUGUUCUGCCUUAUAGAAUAACAUUACUCCAAUUACAGUAGGAAAAGUUGUCUUGUUCUUUAUACACUGGAUACGCAGUAAAACUGUUUUCUAACCACGCGUUACUUAGGCAAAAGUUAGGGAGCUGUUAGCUUGUGAAGAAGAAAAUGGUAGAGAAGUAUCCAUAAAAAAGGGGUUUGGCAACUGUUUGCAAGUUUUUUUGUGCAUAAUUAAUAUGGAAUUUCAGGAACAAAAGUGCGCAUUAGCACAUCACCAAACCAGGCAUGUUUAGUACUGUGUAUACAGUAUAAUCUUUGGUCUUGCAAUAUUGAUUGUCAAUUUAGAAAGUGGAGCAAGUGCCUAUAGCAGUUAUUCUUACAGCCAAUGUUAAGCUUUAAAGAUGACACUAUUAAACACAGCUGUAAAAAAAAUUAAACUUAAGUGCCACUUGUAACAUAGAACAAAUAUAUAAAAAUAUAUUUUUAUGGCUAUAAAAUGGUCCCAACGCUGUCCUUGGAAAAGCUCUGAUUAACUUUUUCUUACUGCACCUAUAGACAAACAUAAUUGACACUUGUGUAUUUUGUUUUAUAUUAUUUGUGUAAUUUAAGAAACUGCAAAUGUUAUUUCGAUGCAAACUGACAAUAUACCUAAGCCUAAUGAAGCUGAUGUCAUAAAUAAAGCUUUUGUCAAUCUUUAA